CCCACAAGACAUUCCAGGCAAGAACCAAAACCAAAACCAAAAUAAAAAAUGUGGCACUGCUCUUUCUUCACCAUUCCCUUCUGCUUGGUCCUCUUCCUCUUCUCACUGCACCGAACCGGCUCUCCCAUCGUCAAUGCGCUAUCCAUCGAUCUGAUCAACACAACCUGCAAACAAUGCUCAGACAAGUCCACCACCUUCAACUUCGACUUCUGCUUAACUUCUCUCCAGCCAAUCCCCAUCAGCCACGUCACAAACCUUCAAGGGCUUGCACUCGUUGCCAUGGAGCUAGCUCUGGAAAACACCACAGAUACAAUGUCGAGCAUAGAGAAGAUGUUGAAGAGUGGAGAGUUCGACCCUUUUGCCCUCACGUGCUUGAAAGAUUGCUUGGAAUUGUAUGGGGAGGGCGUGCCAAUGCUGGCCAAUUCCAUUGGAGCUUUUUUGGCUGAGCAAUAUGAUGCUGCUAAAUUGUUGUUGAGUGUAGUUAUGGAAGAGGCAUCAACUUGUGAGGAUGGGUUCGUGGAGGAAGAGGGAGAGGCCUCUCCAUUGACAAAGGAAAAUAGUGAUCUCUUCCAGUUGGUUGAUAUUGCAGUGUGUAUUGUUGACUCAAUUACCUUUGAUUCUAAAGUCCUAUUGAACUAGUAACUCAGUUUGGUUUGUCUUGCUUGUAUAAGAUAAUUAUAAAACAAGAGCUAAAAACAUCUCUCCCCUAGUUCCCAAUUAUCAGCUUUUUUCUAUAUUUUUAAAGCUAUUUUUAUCUCAUAAGGCUAUAAGGAGAAGCUAUGUCAAACACUCUAGCAUAGAUUUUCAAAAUUUAAAGAAAGAAAAGAAAAAAGAAACUUUAAGUACCUUUGUAAGCUGUACCAUACAGCUCAUGUAUGUGUGAGGGAUGGCAAUGGGUUAGGGAUUUUCAGGUUUCGCA